GUGUGUGUCACCUCUUGAACAAGUGUAUGAUCUUCAGAGUACGAGCUCAUCGACAAACAGGGCUCGGCGUAUUAUGACUUCAACUAUUAGCUAUGACAAAAUUGCUGGGAAAACUGCCGAUGAUCUUUUCGAAGAAUACUCCGUGGAGGAUCUUGGCGAUCUCAUGACAAGACUUUCGGCUGAUGUCAACACGAAGAAGCAAAAGUUGAAGCUUCUUGUUGGAAACAAGUACAGAGACUUGUUGAAUGUGGCUGAUGACAUUAUUACAAUGAACGAAAUUACUGCCAUCGAAAACGAACAAUUGAUGAAAUUAGCAUUCAAAAGAUCGGACUAUAAUUCAAAAUCUUUAUCUAACCUUUCCAAGUUCAAUGCCCAUCUAAACAAGAUUCAAAUUCAAAAGGUGCAAGAGGAUAACCGUCCGGCUAUUUUGCGGAACGUUGUUCACGACUUGAACUAUGCUUUGAUAGCACUCAAGCACAACCUAGUAAUUGAGUUGCAGUCGAGCGAGGAAAGCUAUAAUACGCUGAAUGAUUUUCCAGGUGUAAGCUUGAAUAAUCAGCAUUCAAUGGACUUGGAUGAAGGAUUAGACUACUACCAGCCUGUGUCUACUACAGUGUCAAAUGGAUUUGUGUUGUUAGCUAAACACAUCUACUUGAUCAAAUAUUUAUUCCAAGAUGAAGUCAAAAAUCAGCCAAAAUUGUUUGCCGUGGUUAAAUAUAAGCAGUUAUGCGGAGAGUUUAACAAUUUGCUCGAGUCAAACAUCAUAAGACUCAAACACGAGGCCGACUCCGAUUUUAUCCAUAACUUAUUCGUGUCAUAUUUGAUAGCCAAUGAAAUGCGUCCUAUACAUGUGCUGGAGAAAAUCCUAGAAAAGAGGUUAGCCAAUUUUAAAAGCUUAGUAACUACUAAAAGACCUUUUCAAGAACUACUUAGUUAUGUUUUUGUAACUAUUCAGUUUAUGAACUUCAUUUUCUCACGCAUUCAAGUUUCUAUAAGUAGACUGCAAAAUGCAACUGGGCCUUCCAAUUGGAUUCAACAAACCUCUUUUCAAAAGUGGAGCAAAUGGUUACACAAAAACCCUACUUUAGGAUCGGAGAAUGGUAUCCAAGUCCAGUACAAGUUCGAGGUCGGUAGCGACCUAAUUGACAAAGUUGAGUAUGAAGAUACAAUGAAACAAUGGAAGAAAGAUGCCAGCCAACUACUGCUGGAUAAUUUCAAUGCAAAAUUUGAUAAAUCAUCAGAGAAUUUAACAGACUUGGUAAUAUUGCUUAGAUACGCAUUAAUAUCCUUCAAGCAUUUUACAUCUCUAUCUACCUUACCUGUGGGACAUGAAAACAUUGUUGAUUAUCUUAUUGGAAAGUGGCAAAAAGAGUUUUUGAUAAAGCUGACUACUAAACUAAGUGAGUUUGAGAAAAUCGGCAAUCUGAUUCUGGAAACAUUCAACAAUGAAGAGUUAAUAAAUUCAAUAGUAGAUUCAUCCAGUGAAUCAUGUCUUUAUGAGUUUGACGAUGAUUUCAAUAUGGGAGAGCUAUUACAAUAUUCUGGUGAUAAAAGCAGCAAUGAUCAGGUUUUUGUCCUCUUAGAUGUUUUCAAGCAGGAUUUGAAAUCAACGGGCAACUCGAUUGAAUCACUACGAGCUUUGUCUUCAUUAGUAUUGAAACCUCUAUUAUCGAUCGAUGACUACGAAGAUGAUGAAUUCUGGGUAGAAGUUUCCGUAAAAUUGAAAGAUAUUUUGAAUGAAAGUGUGAACUCGAGCAUUUCCAUUCUGAAUAAAUCGGUAAGCAGUUUCUUUGAUAAAGUUUCCAGUUCAUUAGAAAAAAACAGAUUAGAGGUCUCAAAUACAAGGAUAUUUUACAUGAUACGAGUAUUGGUACAAUUAGAGGACAAGAUUCAGCUCAACGAGUUUUAUGAAACGUUCAGCAUUCACUCCAACGAUUCUAAUGGCACCAGGAUUGAACUGUCCGAACUCAUUGAGCCAUUGCUAACAAAAUAUUUUAAGGUUAUUGUUGAUUCAACAUUCAAUACAAAAUAUGCAAGCAAGCUUGAAAGCCUGCUCAAGAAGAGAUUUGAACCCAGUAAAGACUACGCUGAGUUUAUGCUAUGGGAAAAUAUCUUGGACGAAAAGCCUAUUCCAACAACUUCUUCUUUCGAAUAUUCUGAAUUACUGUUGUCCUUCUGUUCCGACGUGAUUAGCAAUUCAGGAAAAAACUACUCGAAUUACUUCGUAUUACCCUCAUUUGAAAAGGUAAGACAAGAGAUUGUUGGACUAUUAGUAAGUAAGUUGAAUGAUUAUGUCAAUUUUUUGAAUGAAGCCGAGAUUGACGCCAAUGACAGCGCAACCAACUCUAAACUCUUACUUACCUACGCCGAUUGUCUCUUUACCAAAUUUUUGCUCAGUACAGAGGUUCCUGAUGACAAAAGUCAUACAAAGUUUGUCAAAAUCUUUGAGCCGCUGGCUGACGCUGAUUAUCGUAAGCAAAUUGCAUACUCUAUUCUUGAGAACUACAAGAACCAGUCUUUAAUGUAUUAUCCUUUGUCCGUGUAGCAAAAAAAAAAUGCGAUGUAUUUAUAUAAUUCAAUGAUCCUAUAAUUUGUAAUAAAGAUAGACGAAUGAUUCUAAUGGAACACUCUACAGGCACACCUUCUUGUGUUCUAGUCUGACCCCACCACAAUUAUGCUCUUCUUUUAUGCGUUCUUCAACCUUUUUGCUGAUGAAUUCAAUCCUGCUUUGAGUAUGACUCCAUAGCCAUGAACAAAGCUGUUGUGAUUGGUCGGCAUAGAAAGUUUCUAGAUCGUCUAAAAUCUGAAAGUAUUCUUCCUUUAGCUGCAAAAUUUGGGCCUCUCUUUCC